CCAAAAAUUCGUUCGUUGAUUAAAAAAAAAAACCUUCUGCCUCUAACAGCCUCUUGCAAUUUUGCCAUUCAAAAAUCAAAAUCCCACAUGCGAGUUUUUCCAGCUCGAACGGUUCCUUUCGACGGAAGAAGUUCAGAAAUAUGCAUCUAUAAAGGGUUGCUCGGAAAACGGCCAAAAUGUACGGGAAAUUAAAUUGCUGUCGCGGCCUCUUGCAGCGUUGCCAUUCAGGGCCCAGUCAGCCCACAUUUGUUUGACAUUGUUGACACCGAUGAAACUUUGCCGCAGGUAACCUUAGCAACUAGGUGGUGAAAAUCAACAGAGGAGUUUAUUCAUAGGGCUUCGCCCCAGAGCGACCAUGGCAGACUGCAUUGAGGAGCUGCUGUUCUUCGACACGUUCGCGCACGACAGCACCGAGGAGAUCAACUUGGACCUGGUGCAGUUCCCCAAGCCCGUCUAUGUGACGGAGGUGCGCAUUAUCCCGCUGGGGGCGCGGGUGCAGGCCGACUUCCCGGGGGGCGUGCGCCUGGGCGCCACCAACCCCAGCCAGUUCGAGAUCGAGUUCUUCGUGAACGACUUGGGCAAGCCGGGCGCCAGCACGUUCGAGGCCCUGGGCGCCUUCGCCUACGACCAGAAUGGCAAAAUCAAUCUGGAGUGCGCCCCUGACCAGGCGGUGCGCCGCAUCCCCACCGACGGCCUGGUGCUCAAAGGGCUGUACACGACGAUUACUCUGGCCGUUUACGGCACAUUGACCAACAGUCUGGCGGAGCAGCUGGUGCCGCCCAUCGUGAACCCCACGCUGCCCAGCCAGCCGAACACCAUCGCGGACGCCCAGCAGAUCGGCGCCACGCCCGAGGCGGAGUGGGCGCAGGACGCCCCGGGCGAGUACCAGCCGCCCGCGUUCCCAGGGUUCCACCAGGCGGAGCCCUACCAGUACCCGGAGUACUUCGGGGACGUGCCCAAGGACCCGCGCAGCUACCACCAGGAGCCCGAGUGGGAGAAGGGGCCGCGCCCCAGGGAGCGGUAUCAGGAGCGCGAGCAUUCCGAGCGCAAGGGGCGCUACGCCCGAUCGGACAGCAGGGAGCGCGGCAAGGAGCGCCACGACCGGGAGCGCGCGGAGGAGUGGGAGCGGCACGGGGGGCGCCGGCACGAGGACGCCCACAGGCGGUACGAGAAGGAGGAGCGCAAGCGCCCCAGGAGCCCGCCGGGGCACAGCCCCAAGCGCCCGCACUCGCCCAAGGAGGCGGCGCAGCCCGAGUUGCCGCCCGAGUACAACCUGAUCAAGGGCGUGGAGAAGCUGUGCCGCAUCUCGCGCACCGACCCGCCCCCCAGCGACAAGGCGGCCAAGCACGCCGAGGAGGAGCGCAACCGGGCGCGCAAGCCCUUCAUUACGCCGAUGCGCCCACGGGGGUUCCCCCGCACCGCCCCCCAGCGCCCAGACCUGUUCCGGUCCCGCCCCCCAAACACGUCGCGCCCGCCGUCGCUGCACGUCGACGACUUCGUCGCCCUGGAAACGUGCGGGGCGCAGCCCACUGGCCCGACAGGUUACAACAAGCUGAGCAGGGAGAUUUUGGCGUCGUCGCGGAUGGCGCGCGGCACUAGAGGGCGCGCUUUUGUGCCCGCGGAGCGCAGCGUCCAGUACAGCCGCCACAUGGCCUGGUGGGCGGGCCCCAAUCGGGGCGCCGGCACCCUGCACGGUCCCUAUUUCUAG